UUUCUGGUUAACCUUUAAAUAAAACGCGCAGUUCGUGCAGUUUGAGCACCUCUGAACGCACCCGCUGCCGCUACAGGAACGUACGCGGCGCGCAAAACCGCCAGCGUCGUCGCCGCCGAGAGUCGAGUGCCGCGGAAGAAGGCGUCGGUCGCACGCACGCCCCUCCUCAAGAUCGCCGAGAUCGUUCAGGCGGCGACGAUAGAACCGGGUGCGUGAGUGCGAGUCGGAGUCCCUCAAUUGCCGGUUGCGCGUAUGCACGAGUGCGUGACGGUAAACGCGCGGCGGAACGAGUACAUCGGAAUUAUGAGGACGCGCUCGCCCGUCGAUUCGAUAAAAUUUUAAGCUCGCAUAAUUUGGCCGUCGUCGCGGGCGAUGAGCAGUGAGUGCCAGCGCAUCCGUGAUCGUCGUUCGUAUCUGAGAAUUCAUCGCUCCUCACAGGAAUAAUGUUGAACAGUAUAACAAAGCACAUUUUACACUGCUGUCUGCUGCUUGUGGUCAUACUAGUGUUCGAAUUUGUAUCUGGCGGGCUGCGAUGGAACGCAGACAAGAACGAAGAAAUAGACCCAUGGGAGAGAUACGGAAUUAUUGGUGCAAUUAUUCUGUACCUGUUGCGUACGAUGACAUUUCUCUCGUUCCCACAAGUUCUGUUCAACUUUAUAGGAUUAACAAUAUACAAUGCAUUCCCGGAUAAGGUAGUUCUGAAGGGUUCACCCCUGCUCGCGCCGUUUAUUUGUAUAAGGAUAGUGACCCGUGGCGAUUAUCCAGAAUUAGUGAAGAGAAAUGUAAGGAGGAACUUGGACAAGUGUACAGAGGCUGGCCUUGAGAACUUCCAAAUAGAAGUAGUGAGCGAUAAACCGAUAGGUCUAACGCCACAUCGCAGAGUGCGAGAAGUCGUUGUUCCUCCGAAUUAUCGCACAAGUAGUGGCGCGUUGUUUAAGGCUCGCGCUUUGCAAUACUGCCUCGAGAGCUCGGCGAACGAGUUAGCUGAUCAUGAUUGGAUCGUUCAUCUUGACGAAGAGACUCUGAUGACUGAGAAUUCCGUUCGUGGCAUAUUGAACUUCGUGCUAGAUGGUAAACAUCAGUUCGGUCAAGGACUAAUCACGUAUGCCAAUGAGGAUGUAGUUAACUGGAUCACGACGUUAGCCGACAGCUUCAGAGUAGCGGAUGACAUGGGAAAAUUAAGAUUACAGUUCACCAUGUUUCAUAAGCCGUUUUUUAGCAUGAAGGGAUCUUACGUUGUCACACAGAUGGGAGCGGAAAAACAGGUUUCGUUUAAUAACGGAUUGGACGGAUCCGUCGCGGAAGAUUGUUUCUUUGCGAUGAAGGCCUUUUCCCAGGGAUACACGUUCAACUUUGUGGAUGGCGAGAUGUGGGAAAAAUCGCCGUUUUCUCUGUGGGACUUUGUACAGCAGAGGAAAAGGUGGUUGCAAGGUAUUUUACUUGUCGUGCAUUCCAAAGCAAUUCCAUUGCGAAACAAGUUGUUGCUGGGUAUCUCGUGUUACUCGUGGGUAACAAUGCCUCUUUCUACUUCUAACAUCGUUCUAGCCGGACUGUGUCCGAUUAACUGCCCACCGCUAAUCGAUUUUCUAUGCGCGUUUAUCGGCGCUGUAAAUAUCUACAUGUAUGUGUUCGGAGUAGUUAAAUCAUUCUCUCUGUAUCGUUUCGGUGUUGCUCGAUUUAUGCUGUGUAUAUGCGGUGCGUUGUCCACCAUUCCGUUCAACAUAAUUAUCGAGAACGUUGCCGUGAUAUGGGGCCUGUUCGGCAAGAAGCACAAGUUCUAUGUCGUUAACAAGGAGUUCAGAGCGCCGGUGACUGUAUGAUGUGCCACCGGUUUAGAGGUGUUACGUAAUUGGUGUUCAACUAGCAGAUGUAUAGAGUGUUUCCGUUAUGCAUACGCAUAAUUAGUACCUGUAAAUUUACAUAUAGGAAAAUAUAUCACUGUCACAAAAGAAAUAUUUAUGACUAGGGUUACGUUACAGUACGUUGAUUUAGAGAAUAGCGUAUGGAGGUAGACAGACCUCCGGGCGAUUAAUUUCAGAACGGACAGAAACAAAAAUAUACAGCAUAAUAGGAAAUAUGAGAUACAUAGCAGUAGGUAGGUGCAGUAUUAGAAACGUAUUGGUACUUUACGUUGACAUUACAGCAUCGCCAAAAGUAUUUUUUACUUUUCAGAAAUAUAUUUACGCUGAUAUCUUAUUCUCGUAGUGCAAGAGUCAUACAUGUCGUGUGUACUUUGAUCUCAUGUUUAAACAUGUUUAUUAUUCAUUGCGUUACGUAUCUUAUUCCUCAUCUUACUCAUGUUCCUCAUCUUGCAUUACAUUCGCGUGCUCUUACAAAAACAAACCAAAUUCUCUCUCUGACGUCAUCAGUUUUUUUCAUGUUCGGAAAUAUUCGAUUUUUGAAGCGAAGUGUUAUGCAUAUUGAUAACAAUAUCAUCUCAAGUAUCUAGAUUAUUUUACUUAAUAGCAAUAAGUCGUCUGUAUGCAUCAUUAAUUCGGACAACUGUGAUAAAUCUUGCUUUCCCAUAUAAUUUCUAUAUUUUAGAAAAAUAUAAAAAGAACAUUUUUUUGUGAAAUCAGAAAUGCAAAUAUGGAUUUGAUGCAUGACAAUGCGAGUCAAAAAAUCUUUUCAAUUGAUAAAACAAGAUAUAAGAAUAAUGUGUAUUCAUAAUUGGCGUACUUAAUAAGUACAUUUAACAGUACUUAAUAAGUUCAGUUUGCGUAACAAAAGGUGCCGAUCUUUCUAUAUCUCUAAUUUAAAAAGACAUAAAAACAUCUAUUUAUACAGUUUUUCUUAGUAAAAGCUAUAAAGCAGAUAUUUUCUGCAAUAAAUCCGAUUGAUAUUUUAAGAAGAUUAUUAUACACAACAAAUCGCGUUUAUAUAGAAAUACAAAAUAGAAGAGAUAAAUAUCUAUAUAGAUUAGAUUAAUUAAAACCAUUAAAUUUCUCCCCUACAAAUAUAAAUAAAACUUUAUUGCAUAAUGUGGUUUUUAACAUAUCUUAAAAAAUUAAUCUGUUAGGAACAAAUGCUCUAGAUAAUGUGAUUUUGUUAUAUAGUGCAUAUUGUAUUUAUUAAAUUACUUACAUAAAGAUUCAUUCGCGACAAAUCACAUGUGUAAAUUAUCAUUUUGUCAGUUAUAUAUUUCUAAUAUCUGCAUGCAACGUCUACAUCAAUAUUUUUUGGGAUGUUUACUCCGUCUUUCUCAACAAUUUUUAAAUGCUUUUUUAACUUAAUAAAGAAGUUAGGGCUUCCUAAAGCUUUGUAUUUGAUAUAAAUCACGCUAUGUUAAUGUAAAUUAUUAUUUUCAGUAUUCUAAAAUCUUUAUAUUUUGCGACUUUGUGACAAAAUGGUAAUAUUAGGAUGAUUUUAGAACUAAAGAAGCAAUACAUUUCGCACAAGACUUAUUGUAUCUAGUCAAGAGGAUAUAAAGAAUGUUAAAAAAUACGAAAAUUUCCGUUAUUACGCACAUAAGCUUUUAUUAACACUACCGUUAGAAUAAUGAUAAUGCAAUUAUUUCUAAGUAUAUUGAUCGAACAUAAAAAAAUUGCUAUUCUGCACCUAUGUUUUAGGACAAAAUAUUUCCAAUGUUGAAUAAGUAAGCUUCAAUCAAUUUUGCAUAUAUGCAGAAUAGUAUAGGUAAUCAGAAUAGUUUCAGAUUACUAUGUUUUGACACCGAUACAAAUAUCACAUAUUACAUUGUUUGUAUUAUAUAGAUAUCACUGGAAUAACUUUAUUGUCACAUGUUUCACAUUGUCACAUAAUUGCGUUUUUUCGCAGAAUUAUAAAUUUAACAGCGAUUAUAGUAGUUGCAAUUUGUAUAUUAUUAUUAUACAAUAACAAGUUAUGUGCCGCGUUGCGCUUUAUAUAUCGUACGAUAUUCAAACAAGUAUUUUUAAAUAUAUUUCAAAUAUGUUUCAAAUAUGUUAUAAAUAUCUUAUUUUACUAUGUCAUAUGAAAUAUGUGCACAAACACGUUUAUAUACUAGUCUCAUGUCUCAGCCAUGUAUUUCAUUAUCCAGACGGCAAUGCUAGUUUACACAUGAAAAUGAUGAAAGCAUGAAUAUAAUUUGAAUUAAUAUUAAUGUAACCAGGAUUUCUCAAACUUUUUAUCUAAAUUUAGUUUUGAUGUCAAUAUCUCUCUCAGUUGUUAUAUUAAGGGAGAAAAAGCUUGACAAUUUUUGAUUUGACAAGAAUUUAUAUUAAAAUCGCCAAAAAAUGUUAAGAUUACAAGUGUUUAAUCUCUAUUUUAUUUGAUACAUAUUGUGUUUAUAAUAUGACAGUUUGAGAAUUCCUGGAUUAAUAAAAAGUGGAUUGAGCUGUGGAUAGACAAUUAUAUAAAGUAAAAAAUAUUUUACAUAGAGAUAAUUAGUACAAGAUUUUAGUCUUUAUAUCAUAUUCUAGUUUAUCAUCAAUUUGUCAUAUUUUGAUUAUGAGAAAUGAUUUUAUUCUCAUUAUGUUCUCUAUAUACAUAUAUUAAUUAAUUCGCAUGUUAAAAAUCACUAAAAAAAAUUCUCAUAUCAUGUAGGACAUUACAUUAGGAUUAGGUACAGAAGUUUACCAGUGUUAAUAAGAUUAUAAUUACUAUAAACUUUGAAACUGUGUUAUGACAAUUGCAAGUUAUUGCAUUUAGAAAUAACACUAACAAUUUUGAAUAUAUCGAAAAUAAAAAUAAAAAAUUUCUUUGUAAUAAA